CGCCUCUGCUACCGGAGGGGCGGAGCUGGGAGUCCCGGCCGGUUCCAGAGCCUGCAGCUUCCCGAGCCGCGGCCCGUUGCUCAUGAAUAUUCAUGUUAGCCUAGGGCCAAUCGACGACAGGCGCCGCUCAGAGCUGGCCAAUCGCGUUACCGUAUGCAGAUUGACCCGGGAGGAAUCGGGCUGGAGACCGCGCGUGCAGUCUGCGUCCAGAGACGCGGCCGAAUGAGCUCUAGGUUCCCGAGAGUGGCGGAAGUGGCUUCUUAUUUCGCGAACCCGGUGACCCAUUUCCGGUAGUGGCGGAAGUCGUGCCCUCUACCGUUCUGAAGCGGGAACUAUGGCGACGACGGAGCCGGAUGUGGAGGCUCUGCCGCGCGGGGGCUUCAGAUGCUGCCUCUGCCACGUGAACACGGCUAAUCGGCCCAGCCUGGAUGCCCACCUUGCGGGAAAGAAGCACCGGCGCCUUGAAGAGCUCCGAGCUGCACGCCGGGCCCAGGGCCUGCGGAGUGUGUUUGUCAGCGGCUUUCCCCGUGGUGUGGAUCCGGCCCAGCUCUCUGAGUACUUCCAGGCCUUUGGGCCCGUGGCCAGCAUCGUCAUGGACAAGGACAAGGGGGUGUUUGCUAUUGUCGAGAUGGGGGACGUGGGUGCCCGGGAUGCCGUCUUGUCCCAGCCCCAGCACGCUCUCAGCGGCCAUCGGCUACGUGUUAGGCCUCGGCAGCAGAAGGAAUUCCAGGCCCCGGCUCCCAGGUCAUCCAAAGGGGCACCGCCAGAUGACCAGCAGCUGACGCGGGAGCUGGCAGAGGCUCCAGAUGUGGAGGCCCAGAUGGUGCAGCUGGUUGGCCUUCGAGAGCUGUCCGAGGCGGAGCGGCAGCUGCGGGGGCUUGUCGUGACCCUGCUGCAGGAGGUCUUCACCGAGUUCUUCCCUGGCUGUGUCGUCCGUCCCUUUGGCUCCUCUACAAACGGCUUUGAUGUUCACGGGUGUGACCUUGACCUCUUCCUGGAUCUGGGGGAUUUGGAGGGGCCACAGGACCCUAAAACCCCGGCCUCUCCAGGACUGGACUCAGCCCUUGCUUCUCCACUGGAUCUUCAAGCCUUGGCCUCCAGUCCAGCGUCCCCUGUAGGUCCUCAGGCCCCAGCUUCUCCCCCAGACUCUGAAACCCCCACCUCCUCCCUAGCUCCUCCGACCCCUGACUCGGCCCUGGCCUCCCCACAGUCCCUGCCCCCAGUGUCACCCAUCCAGGAAGAGGUGGGAGAAAGGGACGUGGGGAAGGCCUGGGAACUUGGAGCCCUGAAGGGGGAGCCGGGGGAGGGAGAGGCCAUGCUGGAACUUGUUGGGUCUGUCCUCCGAGGCUGUGUCCCUGGGGUGCACAGCGUCAGGACUGUGCCCUCAGCUCGACGCCCCGUGGUCAAAUUCUGUCAUCGGCCCUCUGGUCUUCACGGUGAUGUCUCCCUCGGUAACAGGCUGGCAUUAUACAAUUCACGGUUCCUGAAUCUCUGCUGUGCCCUGGACAGGCGGGUACGGCCCCUGGUCUAUACCCUGCGCUGUUGGGCUCAGGGACGAGGACUGACAGGGAGUGGCCCCCUUCUGAGUAAUUAUGCGUUGACUCUCUUGGUGAUCUACUUCCUUCAAACCCGGGACCCUCCGGUGCUGCCUUCCCUCACAAAGCUCACCCAGAUGGCAGGUAAGGAGGACCGUGUGGAGGUGGAUGGCUGGGACUGUAGCUUCCCCCAGGAGGCCUCCCGCCUAGAGCCCAGCAGCAACACUGAGCCCCUGGCCGCCCUCCUGGCCCAGUUCUUUUCCUGUGUGUCCACCUGGGAGCUCCGCAGCUUGCUGCUGUCUCUGAGGGAAGGCCAGCCAUUGCCCGUAGCCGAGGGCCUGCCCCCUGGUCUCUGGGGGAGCUUACGCCUCGGCCCUCUGAAUCUCCAGGACCCUUUUGACCUAAGUCACAACGUGGCAGCCAAUGUGACAGGCCGGGUAGCCGGCCGCCUGCAGAACUGUUGUCGGGAGUCGGCUAAUUACUGCCGAAGCCUUCAGUUCCAGCGUCGUUCUCCCCGAGGCCGGGACUGGGGCUUGCUUCCUCUCCUGCAGCCCAGCUUUGCCAGCUCCCUGCUGUCUGUUACUCCCAUCCCCCUGCCCCCGGCCCCCUUCACUCAGCUCUGUGCUGCCAUCACCCGGGUGUUAGAGGAAGCACUGGGGUGCCAGGUAGAGCAGGAUGGCAAGAGAAGGAGGCCAGAAGGAGAGGGAGGUGGGGAAGAGUGUCCCCAGGGAGGACCGAGCAAAAGGCUACGAUUAGAGAGGGAGGAAGGGCAGAAGGAGGAGCAGCGAGCAGCGGAGGGGCACCACGGAGAGGCUGGGGCGGAAGAGAAGGGCCAACCGGCCACAGGGGACCCUGGGCGGCAUGUGGUUGAAAGAGAAAGAAAGCAGCUAGAAGACCCAGGGACUGAAGAGGUGGCAGCAGCCCUGGGGGAGAAGGAGACAGGGCCAGGGACGACACAGACUUGGCUCUGUACGCUCCGGCACCGGGUAUGGCUCGGGCGGCGGAGGGUUCGGAGGCAGUUGCAGCAGCAAGCCAGAGGGGAAAUGAGCUGGCUGCAAGCAGAGGCUCGUGUGACCCAGGAGCUGAUAGCACAGGAAAACAGGAGGCAGAGAGAGGAGUCAGAGCUGCUGCGGCUGCCACAGCCUCUCCUCAUCUUCACUGCUUCCACCAGCCCCACCAGCCAGUUUCUCACUCUCACCCAGCUCCGGGAUCCUCAGAACCUGUUCUCUGAUCUCCAUCAUUUCCUACGUGGCUUUCUACCUCGAACUGUUCGGGGCAUACUAGAGUGUGAGAAAGGUGACUGAAGAGAGGAGGGGCCAAUAAAGUGCUUUUACAUGA